AUGGGACAAAAUCAAAGCAGGCAAGACAUUCGUAAGAAUGUCAAGGAAGAAGAUGUGUCGGAAUUAGUUAGGUGUAGCUCUGAUCUGUCUAUUUCCGACAAAAGCUAUUCAUCAAAAGAUAAAGCCAAAAAGAAAAAAAGUAUCGACUCUCACCGCGGUGUUCUUCAUGGCGGCAUAAAGAAAAAGAGGAUUCACAAGUCUGGUAACCCAGAUAUUAUACGUCACAAUGCGACCAGUGGCAGUAGUAGCAGCAGUGCUAUUAGUAUCAGGAGCAGUAGUAGUAGUCUUUUUAAUACUGAUCAAAACGAAGAGCUCUCUAUAUAUUCCAGUAGUGUUGAAGAAUCUUAUUUUGAACGACCAAAGAGGAGUGUUAAGAAACUGGAUUGGGAGAGUCAUAGUGACGCAUGGGCAUUUCUCCAUAGCCUAAACCCCCUUACAUGCAAAUCGGAAUACCUAAGGUAUCAGUAUGAUACAAAUGAGCGCCCAGGAUACCUUAUUGGUACGAGUGAGGCUUGCAACAUUAGGAUCAACGAUGAAGAAGUACAAGAUCAACACUGUCUAAUAUACCCUGAAGUAUACGUCGAUAUCAACAACAAUAGUAGGCUUCAAGUGCGCCUAAGGGAUAUGAGAAGGUGCGUUGGUGUAGAAUCCACUAUACCUAUUCAAGUCAAUGGCACCAAUUUUAAGCCGGAAUAUACUAGAGGCUCUUACUGCCUACACCCAAACGAUGUCAUCAGAAUAUCCAAUAAUACGCUAUUUCGAAUCAUAUUUGCUCCGAACAAAGCCAAAAUACCAACUUUCCAAGACGACUAUAAACUUGGCCCGGUGAUUGGGAUGAGCUUAUAUUCAAAAAUUAUAGUUGCCAACUUGAGAAAGAACAAAGAUAUUCAGCAUGCUGUUAAGAUGAUCCGUAAAGACAGCUUUACAAGCAGACCGGAAACAUUGAAGCAGUUCAUGCAAGAAGUUGCCAUAUUAAUGUCGCUUGAAAAACAUGUCAUCAACAGCAAGUGUCUUUCUGAAGAACACACUCGCGUCAUCUUUAGGCAACUACUCUCUGCUGUGAACUUUUUACAUCAAGCAGGUGUCGUUCAUCGAGAUAUUAAACCUGAAAACAUUUUGAUGGUUAGUAAAGCUAACCUACAAGUCAAAAUAUGCGACUUUGGGCUUGCUGCGCUUCAUAAGAGGAAUUUAUUACAUAGCUAUUGCGGAUCUCCUAGUUACGUUGCUCCUGAAAUAAUAAGCCUGCAAGGGACAACCGAAAGUGGAUACGGAAAUUCUUGUGAUAUAUGGAGCUUGGGUAUUGUUCUGUAUGUUUGUCUCUGUGGUCAUCCGCCUUUUUACGGUGAUGAAUAUGCAUCUAUUGAGCAAAAAAUUUUAUCAGGAUCUUUGGACCACAGUGAGCAACUACCUGUAUGGAAUUCAUUAUCGCACACAGUAAAACAUUUGAUAAAAAGGCUUCUUAAAGUAAAGCCUGAAGAACGCCCUACUGCGGCUGAGGCUUUGAGUGAUCCGUGGUUUAAUAUUGAGCCAAUAGAUAAUGAAUGA